AGAAGUCUCCAGACUUUACGUUCCCUCCAACAGCCCAAGGGAAGUAGGAGAGCAGCGGGGAGAGUUUCCCAUAGGGAGACGGAGAGCGGAAAAUGGGUUGGGCGAUCGCACUACACGGAGGCGCGGGUGAUAUAUCACUUUCGAUGCCACCUGAACGACGUCUUCCUCGCGAGGCCGCUCUGCGCCACUGCCUCCGGAUCGGUGUUGACGCUCUCCAAACCCAAAAGCAUCCUCUCGAUGUUGUCGAACUCGUGGUCCGUGAAUUAGAAAACCAUCCCAACUUUAAUGCUGGUAAGGGAUCUGUCUUAACCACUGUGGGCACAGUCGAGAUGGAGGCUUGCAUUAUGGACGGGAAAAAAAAUUGUGGAGCUGUUUCUGGGCUCACCACUGUUGUCAAUCCUGUAUCAUUAGCACGAUUGGUCAUGGAAAAGACUCCUCACAUAUAUCUUGCUUUUGAAGGUGCUGAGUAUUUUGCAAGGGAACAGGGUGUUGAGACUGUUAAUUCGAGUCAUUUUGUGACUCCUGAAAAUGUUGAGAGGCUAAAACAGGCAAAAGAAGCUAACAGAGUGCAGAUUGAUUAUACACAACCCAUUCAAAAAGAUGGGAAAACUGAAAAUCCAAUUGCUGAUGGUGAUGGAGAUAGCCAAAUUGGAACUGUCGGAUGUGUGGCUGUUGACGGGAAUGGGAACUUGGCUGCUGCAACUUCUACUGGUGGAUUGGUAAACAAAAUGGUGGGUAGGAUUGGGGACACACCCAUAAUAGGUGCAGGGACAUAUGCCAACAGUCUCUGUGCAGUUUCUGCAACAGGCAAAGGAGAAUCAAUCAUUCGCGGUACUGUAGCUAGGGAUGUGGCUGCUCUUAUGGAGUUCAAAGGUCUUUCUCUCCGGGAAGCAGCAGCUUAUGUGGUUGAGGAGUGUGUUCCAAAAGGCAAGGUUGGGUUGGUAGCUGUGUCUGCUAGUGGAGAAGUUACCAUGCCCUUUAAUACAACUGGCAUGUUUCGUGCUUGUGCUACCGAAGAUGGGUAUUCUGAAAUUGCAAUAUGGCCUUCUGUGCAAGAAUGAGUAGUAUUAGUAAACUACAUUUGCUUAAGUCUUUUAAAAUUCUGGAAUUUGCUUAAAAAUGUGUAAUGAAUAAUGUUGAGUGCUUUCAGACUACUCGCUCCUGUAAUGCUUGAAAAUAAGAGCUUAAUUGUUCACGUGUUUUUAUGAUA